AUGGAGUCAGACUCCCGUUCCGCGGGCCCCGACGACCAGGGCCUUCGCCGAGCUAUUGCCACCCCCCUCUCCCCUCUUCCCAAUCUCCUCAAUCCUCCCUGCUUUACGCUUGGCUACAUAGACCCAAGUCUUGCUGUCUUCCCGGAACGUCGAGCCAGCGCUGAGAAGAAGAUCGACUUGAUUGAAGAGAGGCUCUCAAAUAUUGAAGAAUUGUUGCGGAGUCUAACCAACAAUCCUGGGAGCGGCUCCUCGUGGGAUGCGCCCACGGCCAGGCACAUCACCCCAUCAGCUUCGACCAUUGGAGAUGCCCUUACACAAGACGGCGCAGGUUCGGAUUCUGCCUUUGAGGGCGACCUGUCACUGACCGCCCAUACCAUGUUCGCCAGCGAGUUCAUCGAAAAUGCCGUUCAGAGAACCUCGCUGCAAGACGUACCACCCAAUAUGCACGCCGCACUUUCUUCCCUUCGCCAGAUAGUCUCCAUGCAGAACAAGGUCUCUUCAAGUCGGGAGUUUCGUUUCCGUACGCAGCAACCCCUCCCACCUGGAGGCCUGCCGGAUCUGCCUAUGCCACCAAUGAACGCCGUUGUCGCACUGCUUAAACACAUGAAAAUGUCUCCGCCUGGCAUCUUCUCGCUCGCAUGUUCCUUCUUGGAUGUGGAUGAUUUGGCCGAACUGUGCCGGAGAGUUUACUUCUGUACGGACACCUUCGCCGACACCACUUUCAUCAUCGUCAAUGGUGCCCUUUUCUACCUCUUCAUGGAGCAGGCUUAUCUAGCUUCAGAUGCCACCGCAAGGGAAGAAUUUGAACGCUACCAACAUAUGUGCCAGAAUAAUCUGGAGAUAGCAUUGGCAUGUCUGCCUCUCAUGUUGCCCGCCAAGGUUGAGAGCAUCGAAGCACUGCUCGUCGCGGCCGUGUAUGCGGUCGACGUGUCGAAGGCCUCUCUCGCAUGGCUCUUCACGUCCACUGCGGCAAGCCUGUGCCAAACACUGGGCUAUCAUCGCGCCUCGCAAAAUAGAAGCGAGAGCGCCGGGCCCAGGGAUAUCAAGACUCUGUUGUUUUGGCACGUGUACAUGCUAGACAAGACUUUGUCACUGAGGACUGGCAGAGCUUCCGUUAUUCAAGACUGGGAUAUCACCUUGUCCAGGAGAGUUGAUAACACAAUGGUUGCCGACCCAUGGGGGCUGAUCAUCACGACAUGGAUCAAACAAGCCGAAAUUCAGCAUCGUGUUUACGAGCAACUAUACAGCCCCUUGGCUUUAGGCCAAUCCCAAGAGGAGCGCCUCGAAACAGUACGGCGUCUUGAAGGCGAGCAAAAGGCCAUCAUGGCGGCCGCCUCACAUGUUAGGGAGCAGGCGCUGUUCGGCCUGAAAGCGCUCAACGCUUCUUCGCUUCUGGAUAUUCACCUCCGCGGUGACGAGCUAACAUUUCAGUCCACCUUGACUUUGAUAUACCGAGCACUGCCAGCCCCUGAAGGAUCUCCGACUCGUUUCUCGCAAGAAUGUAUCGAGACAGCUCGUUUUGCGAUGCAACUGCACCUCGAGUGCAUGCAAAGAAUUGCUGAAGAGGGGCGACACCUCAAGGCCGUCUACAUCCACUGGGCCAUUUUGCUGACGCCAUUUACACCCUUUUUCGUCCUUUUCUGUCAUGUAAUCGACACUUCGAGCUCUGAGGAUCUCAAGCGACUUAACGACUUUGUUGCCUCCCUUCGACCCGCCUGUGCGCUCUCAGAGCCAGUCGAGAAAUUGCACCAGCUAUGCAAUAUGUUAUACAAUGUGGCGCUCUUGUACGUGGAAACAAAGUCGCAGCAAUCGGAGGAACGCGGCCCCCUCAAUGACGAGUUCGACGUGUAUCUAAGUGCCCUGGGCUUCCCGCCAACCGAAUAUCCCAUUCCGGGUAUUGAGGCCGACAGCAUGUCCCAGCCUACUAUGCAGACUGCCCAGCUAGGAAACUGGUUCUCUGGAAGCCAGUAUAUGAUGGGGUUGCUUGAAGAGGACUUGUCUCAGUUCAGUUGA